AUGAAUUCCUCAAAUCUCACCAGGAGCGAUGUAAUCGCUAUUGUUAUCGGAGUUGCAAAUACACUGCUGGCACACAGAGAUGAAGAAAACCUCGUAUCGGAAGCCGCAGAAAACGAGAUCGAGCUCGGAGCUACCCCACUACGGCGCCUGAAUAGCAGUAAGGCAUGCGCAGUCAACCAGCGCUACAGCUUCACAGAGCUGUCAAGAGUGCUGGAAUCUCCUCCACCAUACCCUAAUCUCCCCCAAAAACCAUCAGCAGCAAAGCUAAAUAACGCUUAA